UUAGAUUACCAACUUCCAUUAAAACAUCACAAAAAACAUUCUCUUCUUUUCUUUUAAUUUCCUAUAAAAAAUGGAUUUAAGAGAGAUUGGAGCUACACUGCCCCCAGGGUUUAGAUUUUGUCCAAGUGAUGAAGAGUUAGUUUGCCAUUAUCUCUUCAAUAAAAUUACAAAUGAAGAAGUAAUUAAAGGUACUUUAGUGGAAAUUGAUCUUCACACUUGUGAGCCAUGGCAGCUUCCUGAGGUGGCAAAGCUCAACUCCAGUGAGUGGUACUUCUUCAGCUUCCGAGAUCGCAAGUAUACCACCGGUUUUCGGGCUAACCGGGCCACAAUUUCAGGUUACUGGAAAGCUACGGGCAAAGAUCGAACAGUGCUCGAUCCUUGCACGCGUGCUAUCGUAGGAAUGAGAAAAACUUUAGUCUUCUACAAAAAUAGAGCUCCUAAUGGCAUUAAAACUGGCUGGAUCAUGCAUGAAUUUCGCGUGGAAAACCCCCAUAUACCCCCUAAGGAAGAUUGGGUAUUAUGUCGAGUGUUUCACAAAGCUAAAGCUGAGAACAACAACAAUUGUACAAACAAUCUUAGCCCACAAAACACGUACGAGGCUGCUGUCACUUCUCCAGAAUUAUACAACCAUUCAUUGAAUUAUGACAUUAAUAACCAAAAUCCACCCUAUCAAAGCCAAAACUCAAACACAAUUCAUCAUCAUUUGUUUGAUUUAUUAGUAAAAAAUCAUCUUCAGUUGUCUCAUCAAGAAAUGAACGAAGUUUCGAAGGAUGAAACAACGGUCCACUUGUCCAAAUGCGGUCAGGAGGACGAUCAAUAUGGGUUGAUGUUCGAUAUGGAUUUUGAAGUACCAUGUUUACAAGACGACGGAGUUCAUUGUAAUCUUGAAGAUAUGAGAUUUGAUGAUGAAAAUAGCAUGGUUUUCAUUUGAAUUGUUGUAUGAUCAUUGGUAGUUGGAUUGAUUAUUAGUAGUGAAGAAGAGAAAAUGAGUAUAUAUGAUUGAAUUGUGAAGAUGCAUCUUAGUGUUUGUUUAUGAAGUAAGACUUAUACAUGUUUGAUUGAA